AGCGACACACACACCACUGCUUGAUACCUCAUAAUGGGAAAGGGUGUUUACAAGUUCGACCUACUUGAUUUUCGCAGAGAUUCUACUUAAAGUGAUUGUUAAAGUGCCACGGAUUAAUACUAACAUUUUCAAAAUGUCUAGGGUGGAAGUGAACGCUAUUCAAAGCAAAUUGAAAGCAGCUAUUCAAAGCCAUCAGAUGUUGGUGGUUAAAAUGAAAGGAGAUAACAAUCAGAGUGCUGCUUUCAAGAAAAAGCUUGCUGAUUUGCAAGAAGAAAUCAAAAGACUUAGUGAGGAGCAGAAAAAGAUUGUUGUAAAGUUAAGAGAGAGUCUGGUGAAGUCUACGGGCCAAGCCCAGCAAAGCCCCGCCCCCAUGGUGACAGUAGGCCAGACCAUCACAGCUAUUGGCCAGCCGAGACUUGUGUCUUUCCCCACACAAGGAGGAGCCGCCAUCUUGCCUGUGGGCAUGGUUGCUGUUCCCAUAGCGCACAUGCAGCGUCCGGCUGUGGGCAUGACCCUCCACACCGCUGGGGCGGUGCCCCUAUCUCAGGCGACCAACCUCUCCCUGGUCCCCACCGGCAUCCUCAGCAGCGGCAUCAACCUCAGCAACAUCAACGCUGGCGCUGGCGUAGCCAUAGGAGGUGUGGCCAGCGUCAACAACCACAGCAGCAACAGCAACAGCAAUAACCACAGCGCUGCGGCAGUUAACAUCAUUCCCAGCAACAUUGCCGUGAACAGCAGUUCGGCGACCGUGGCUGUUUUGGACGGGACCAGAACCAGUUUCAGCUGCGGUGGUGGUGCUCUCGUCACUAACAACAAUACAGCUUCUGCUGUUUCGAGUGCGUCGUCUAAUGGUGGGAGUGACAGUGCCAUGGUGGCUUCCAGUAUAGGUUCAUCUUCUGUGGCGGUUGCCAGCGGCGCAGCGUCUUCGGGUGAACUCAGCAGUGCCAGCCUCAUUGGUCUGUGUAAUCUUAUCAACAGCAGCAACCUUGCUCUCAACAACAGCAACAGCAGUAUCAUCAGCAACAACAACAUCAUUAGCAACAACAACAAUAGCAGCGGUGGCAGCAACGUCGUUGCUGUGACCAAUGUCAGCAGCAGCAAUACCGCUGCUGUAAAUAGCAGCCUGGCCUGUACCAACGCCUCCUUCUCCCACUCCGCCCCGCCCAUCACCACCAGCCCCACCACUGGCGUCAUCAGUGCAUCCAACGCGAAUGUCAUCGUCUCGCCUUUCCCUCACCAUCAGCCGCUGGUUCAGCCACAGUUGCUGCAUCAGCAGCAGCAGCAGAUCUUGCAGAUGAUCCAGCAGCAGCAGCAACAGCCUGUCCUACAGCUGCAGCAGCCCCCGCCACAACGCCUGGCCUCUCACCUGCCCAUCAAAGUGCCACAGUACACAGCUUCGCACGUCCGGCCACUCGUCAGUGCAUCCACUGUGCAGUACUGCAACAUUGCCCCUGCACCGAAUAACUCUGGGAUAACGACGGCGAGUGUCAAGUCCUCUACCUCCACCAGUGCCAGCACGACUCUGGCUAGUGCCAAACCACACGCUGUGCUGAAGGACCUGCCGCAGCCCGUCACAAGUGCUGGGAAGCAGGCGAAAGAGAAAGAGAAGUCAUCUCAGCAGCAGCAGCCCAAAACGGAGGCGCUGAAGCAGCCGAAACCGCGGCAGCAGCAAGGUGGAGAGAAACAUCAUCAUCAUCAUCAGCAGCAGCAGCAGCAGCAGCAACGAGUGGCUGUGUUGGGUGUCAGACAGAUGAACCAGGAGCAGGAGAAAGUGAAGUUCAUGGAAGUGCUUGGACUGUACACACCGGAGGCAAUCAAAGAGCUGCGGAGCAGAAAAUUUGAGCGCAAACGUCGUACCACUGCCAAUCCACAGUACAGUAUAGGUUUUGAAGCCAGUAGAAGAGACAGAACAGAAAUGUGGAAUGCCUUGCCAGCAAAGAAAUCCAGAGUGACCAAACCUAGCAGUAACGGACACUGUGCGGCUGAGAUGUCUAGUCGACGAGGGGGCUCGAAACCCACGAAGAGAACUAAGGACAAUCACGAUGACUACUGCGCCGUGUGCGGAAAAGGGGGACAACUCUUGAUGUGUGAGACCUGUCGUUUGGUCUACCACCUGGACUGCCUGAAUCCCCCGUUGACGGAGGCACCGAAAUAUGCCUGGAGCUGCCCCAAGUGUUUGGUCUCAGGAAAAGGACUGACUCAUCUCAAUAGUGAUGCGCUAAAACGGGUUCAUUCAUACAUUGCCAAAAGGGCUUGCAAAGAAGAUGAAAAGAAAAAGCUGCAGAAGGAGAGCAAGGAAAUCAUGAAAGAGAAGCUAUUUUUAGAUUCCAGGUCAAAAGAAUUGGAGGAGAAAUCAAAGGACAACACAAAUCUGAAAGAACGAUUGAAGUCUGAGGAGGCUGCCGUGAAAGGAGAAUUGGAGAAAAUUUCUUCAUUUAUUACGAGCUUUAAGGAUGCCAGUCCGUGCCAGAAUCUGCCUUCCCAGUCGUCGUGACGAAACUUCUGCAUGUGUGAUUGAUGGUGAUUUGGAAAUGCAGGGAUGUAAAAAUCUCUUCGCUGUUGGAACAAGGACUCUAUUUAUGGUUGAUGUUUUUGCUUGUGGGUUUUUAACGCCAGCUGUACGUCGUGUUUUUUUAUCCUAUCCAUACGACGUGGGGAACUCUGUGCCACCACUUUCCAAAAAGGAA